AACUUCCCGCAUCCUCGGUGUCAUCAUGAUUAUAUAUGUGGCACGUCCCUCUGUUUUUCUCAGGCAAUCUCAUCUCUACAAUGGCGACCGUCACUAAAGCAUCACUACAAGUCCUUGCUUCAACUGAGUCCAAUUUGUCUGAUGCUAAUGGAACACCGAAAUCACCAUUCUAUCAAGCUUCUACUGUGAUAGCUGAUGGAACUCCCCUACAAGUCAACCGCCGGACGCAAACAAUCACAUCACCAUCAUCUAGAACAACUUCGUUGCAGAGGGUGGAAUCAUAAACAUAUUCUCGAGUCACUCCUUCGUAGCAAGACAGUUGGCACCAGUAGA